AAUUGGCUGGUACCAGACGCUGCAGUCUGAAGCCUGUGGGAAGCAGGGAGCGGGGCUUUGUCAGGGCACUCCGUGCCCAACAAGGACACAAACCUCUCCCUACGCCUACCUCACUGACUAGACCCCUUUCCGCCAGGGUUUCCUGGGCCCAGGAGUGCCUAGGAGUUCGCUGGGCAGACAGCCAGGUGGCUGGCUGCGCGCUCUCUCCUCUUGUCCAGGUCUCAUCUCCCAGGGCCGGCCCUCCACUAGCCAUCCUCCCCCUCAUCCCUACCCGGACCACAGGACGUACCAGCUGCGCCGAGCUCGUGAUGCCUCAGAUUGUUGAACCAGCCGUCAUAGCGCUGCACUUCCCAGGACAGUGCAGGUGAGUCCUGGCCGCCUGUGAGGCAGAGUGGUUCCUCAGCGCUAGCCUUCCUGCGACCACUGGAGGACCCAGCGGCCUCUGUCCCUGCUUCUCCCGCUCCCUGAGUGCCCCCAACCCUACCCAAGAGGCGACACUGCACGGCGUUGAAGCUGCGCCAGGAAGUUUGCCAUCCUGCUGACCUGCGCUGCGAUUUGACCGAUCUGGCAGAGGUACUCCACCCACAAGAGGUACUGGGCGACUUCGCUAAGCUAGGGGCACUGGAUACUUACCCGCUGGAUCCAGGGAUGCAGUCAGUAGAGCUCCCAGGAGCACCACCGCCUUUGGCCUUGCGCAGAGCAUGCUGACCCUGCUGCCUGGGAAGUGGGAGGUGAUAUGUGAGGGACAAGGAGUUAGUGUCCCUCAUGUCUACAGCCCACACAGGGUGAGGAGGUGCCAGCUGUUUUCACUUCUGGAGCAAAGCUUUAAGGAGCAUCACCAAGGACCCACAUCCCACCUUGCUCUUGUCGGGACAUCUAGUAGGCACUGAUCUAGUGCCCACUUUCUAGUGGGGGCCCACCAUCUAGUCCCCACUUUCCACCUGGUGGAAGAACUAACCCCAACCAAAGGAACACACCGGGCACUAGUCCUCUGGGGUUUAUCAGUCCCAGGCAGAACUUCACCUCCAGCCUUCCAGGGCUCCCCCCUACUCCCCAGCCCAGCGCCCAGCUUCAAAUCCUCAUCCCCAACCGCUCAGUAACUGCUGGGAAUCCCUGACCUGCAGCCGUUGAUACUCUGCAGUGAGUGCCUGUGCAAGGACAGGAGGGAUAGGAAGAUCAUGCCCUAAAACCCGGUCCAACUUCUGGUUUAGGGCCCCCAUUUGGGGCAGAAGUCUUUUCCCUUGGAAUCUUUGCUUCUCUGCUCUCCUCCCUGUCUCCACCUUCCCAACACAGCACUCCUCCCCUCCAGCUCUGAAGAUCCCAGCCUCCCCGAUGGCACUCUCACCCUCUUCUCUGGAUCCUCGAAGGCCAGCUGCCCUGGUGUCCACUCAGGUCAGACUAGAGCCAAGAGUGUGCAUCUGGGCGGGAGGCUGGCCCUCUUGCUGUGGAGUCAGGGCUCUUCUCAUUUGCAUAGCAACCUCCGCCCCUUAUUUGCAAGUUCUCUUCCCAAUCACACCAAGCUGCCAAGCCCUGACAUCCGCCCAGCAAGCUGCUCAGGCUGCUAUAAAAGGGGUCCAGAUCCCACACCACUUCCAAACACAGAGCAAAUCCGCAGAGCCUUGAACGUAACUGGUUACAACCAGUGAGAAAUAAUUCCUCUCUCCCACCUACCCAACCCUGCCCCAGCCAAUCCAGAGCACUUGAAGGCAACCGGCCGGCCACUGCACUUCCUUAGGGAAAAGUCAGGAGCUCAGGCUUGACCAUCUCAUUGAGUCCCGUCCAAGAACGCAGGGGACCGGAUAAAGAUAAGUGGGACCCAGGCUCGGCUGCCAGGUACCUGCUAUUCCCACUCCAGCAGACCCAGCUUGGCCGGGUUGCAGCAUGACUCUGUGGAAUGGUGAGCUGCCUUUCUACCCCCAGCCCCGGCAUGCCCCUGGCAUCAGCGUCCCACUGCUCAUCGUCAUUCUGGUGUUCUUGGCCUUGGCUGCCAGCUUCCUGCUCAUCUUGCCUGGGAUUCGUGGCCACUCGCGCUGGUUCUGGCUGGUGAGAGUUCUUCUCAGUCUCUUCAUAGGCGCAGAAAUUGUGGCCGUGCACUUCAGCGCACAGUGGUCAGUGGGUGGGGUGAACACCAACACAUCCUACAAGGCCUUCAGCGCAGCACGAGUCAGAGCCCACGUUGGUCUGCACGUCGGCCUGGAGGGAAUUAAUAUUACACUCACAGGGACCCCAGUGCAGCAGCUGAACGAGACCAUAGACUACAACGAGCGCUUCAACUGGCGUCUGGGCGAGAACUAUGCCGAGGAGUACUCGGAGGCGCUUGAGAAGGGGCUGCCAGAUCCAGUUCUCUACUUGGCCGAGAAGUUCACCCCGAGCAGCCCCUGCGGGCUCUACCGCCAGUACCGCCUGGCGGGGCACUAUGCCUCGGCCACGCUGUGGGUGGCUUUCUGCUUCUGGCUCCUCUCCAACGGGCUGCUCUCCAUGCCGGUUCCGCUCUACGGGGGCCUGGCGCUCCUGACCACCGGUGCCUUCACGCUCUUCUCUAUCUUCGCCUUCGCCUCCAUCUCCAGCGUGCAGCUCUGCCCGCUCCGUCUCGGCUCCGCCACUCUCACCACUCACUAUGGCGCCGCCUUUUGGGUCACCCUGGCCACCGGCAUCCUGUGCCUCCUGCUGGGAGUGGCGGUGGUGAGUCUCCACUACUCUUGGCCCAGCGCGCUUCGCACCUUCUUGGACCAAAGCGGCAAGGACUAUGGUAGCCAGGCGAAAGGGAGCUCGCCUCUCAUCCUGAACAACCCACUGCAUAAGCAGUUUGGAGCCCUGGACUUAACGACCAAUACUAACCUCUGAGGGGGACUCAACCUCAGACUGCUACCCCACCUCGGUCCCCUGCAAGCCAGGUAGCAAUGCCGGCUGGGGCUGGGCCGGGAUAGUCCAAAGAAAGUCACUGCGAGGGAAGGGGUGGGGGUGGGGGGGCCACUGGGGAAAAGCAGGCGGCCUCAGACGGGCUGCAACUCCUGCACCCAGGGAAAAGUCUCCCAGAGUGACCUGUAAAUAAAUAUUUUUCCUUUUUUUUUUUUUUUUAAAUUGUUUCCAUUACAUUUCAUGGCUUUCCCAGACUUAGGGAAUAUGAGUCUUCAGCGGACUUCCUGGACUGGAAGCAGCCAAGUCCAUUCUCUCUGCCUUGCCACAAGGCUCUGGGAGAGAGGCGCCCUCUAGUGAGCCCAAAGGGGAACUCACCAAAACCAGUAUCUUCCUGAACUGCCCCAGGUGGAUGGUCGGUAGCAGUGACCAGCCAGGUCACUAUCCCAUUGGCCCAGUGGGUUUCCCCUUCACUGGCCCAGGUGAGUGGACCUGGAGGGAAUGGCAUUUUUGAUGUAAUUUACUAACUCCAGUUUAUUCACUAAGAGGUGGUAUCUGAGGGCUAACUAAAGUAGAUGUCGGCAAGGCAUAAAAAUAAAUCCUGGGAUUAUUUUUUAGGUCCUUGGCAAGACCUACAAUCUUAUUUGGCAGAUUUGAGAAGUGAAGCUUAAAGAUAAUGUAGCACAUGUGGUUGAUAUCCUGGGACAAGAAGUUUGGUUUCUUCUCUGGCCCAGGACUUUCAUUGUACCAAGAGAUCACACAAGUUGGGGAAGUAAAAGAAGAACAAAAGGGACCCAGAAAAAGGGAAACAAGAGGGAUAAGAGGGACCAUACAGGUAUCACACUAUAACCUCCCCAACACACACACACACACACACACACACACACACACACACACACACACAUUAUGU